AGAUCAUUGACGGGGCGGUUGCCAUGGAUACAGCAGCGCCCGGGCUGUCUGGCGGGCGCCGCGGCUGGGAGCUACGGAGGCACGCGCUGCUGAUCGUGAUCGGGGAGGUCGGGACAGAGGCGGAGCGCGCGGCGCUGCGGGGCGCCCUGGAGCGGGGAAUUCGCUCAUGGAACAUUCAUCUUCCCUCUUGUGACCUGAAUCAGCAACUGAGACUCUUUGUAAGUCAGCAUCUUGCUCAGUUUUCUUCAGAGUUCAAAGGCCAAAGGACCCUUCAUCACCGGAGUGAGACUCUGGAGACAGUGAUCCUGGUAAAUCCCAAUGUGGACAGCAUCGUUUCUGAGGUCCGAUCGCUGGUAUGUGAUUCAUCUGCCCACAAACUAUUGCUCCUGUGUGGUCAGAGCUCAGACCAAGAAGGAGACCUGAUCCUGCAAACUGGGACCUUCACUUAUCAGAAAUUUGCUGAGAUAAUUGCAGAUCCAGAGGUUGCCCAGCUUCUCAGCAACACUGAUCCAGAUAACAAGGCCUCCCUCACUGUUUCCUGUUUGGGAGAGGGAGACUGGAGCAACCUUGGACAUCCCCAGUUCCAGCAGCUUAUUAAUCUGAAACUGAACCCUGACCCAGUUCUGCCUGAGAUGGAUGGGGUCUCUGAGUUUGCAGAGUACGUCUCUGAGACUGUGGAUGUGCCAACUCCAUUUGAUCUUCUGGAACCUCCCACUUCUGGAGGCUUUCUGAAACUGUCUAAGCCCUGCUGCUACAUAUUCCCCGGUGGGAGAGGGGACUCUGCUCUGUUUGCUGUCAAUGGAUUUAACAUCCUAGUGGAUGGUGGCUCUGAGAGGAAAUCCUGCUUUUGGAAGCUGGUCAGGCAUCUGGACAGAAUUGACUCCAUUCUCCUGACGCACAUUGGGGCAGACAACCUGCCUGGCAUUAAUGGGCUUCUGCAGAGGAAGAUUGCUGAGCAGGAUGAGGAGCAGUCUCAGGGCUCCACCAACUACAGUGACUGGAUGAAGAACCUCAUCUCUCCAGAACUUGGGGUUGUUUUUUUUAAUGUUCCUGAAAAGCUUAAGAUGCCUGAAUCAUCCAUGAAAGUCAAGAGAAGCAUUGAAGAGGCUUGCCUGACAUUGCAGUACCUGAAUAAACUCGGCAUUAAAUCAGAGCCCCUCUACAGGGUGGUGAGCAACACCAUCGAGCCCAUUACUCUGUUCCACAAGAUGGGGGUUGGUAAGUUGGACAUGUACAUUCUGAAUCCUGUCAAGGACAGUAAGGAGAUGCAGUUUCUAAUGCAGAAAUGGGCUGGGAAUAGCAAAGCAAAGACAGGCAUCAUUCUAGCAAAUGGGAAAGAAGGUGAGAUUUCUGUCCCCUAUCUGACCUCCAUCACAGCCCUGGUGGUUUGGCUGCCAGCAAGCCCAACAGAAAAAAUAGUAAGAGUUUUGUUUCCUGGAAAUGCUCCACAAAAUAAAAUAUUGGAAGGUCUUGAGAAGCUCAAGCAUCUGGAUUUUCUGAGGUACCCAGUAGCUACUCAGAAGGAUAUGUCUUCUGGCCUACCUCCACCUUCUCUGAAGCCGACCAAGAUUAAACAGCGAACUGACAGCAAAGAGAGUCUGAAAUCUUCCCCCAAGCCAGUUGCAACAAAGCAGGCUAGAAAAGAAGAGGCAAGUGAGGAUGGGGCUAAGGAGAUAAAACCAGAGAUAGUAAAGGAGGCCAGAACUGAGAAAAAAGUGAAAGAACAUACUGAGAAAAUUCCUGAGAAACCUGCUAAACCUGAAAAGAUAAAGACAGAAUCAAGUGAUGCCCUCAAAGCUGAGAAAAGGAAACUAACCAAAGACAAGAUUGGCAAGAAGCACCUCAAAGAGAAAGUGUCUAAACUGGAUGAGAAGAAGGACAAAGAAAAGAAAGAGAUUAAGAAAGAGAGAAAGGACUUUAAAAAAGAUGAUGGAAAGAAAGAAGAAAAAAAAGAUUCAAAGAAAGAAGCCAAACCAGACUUGAAAAGAAUUUCUAAACCAGAUUUAAAACCGUUUACCCCAGAAGUGAGGAAAACAUUAUACAAGGCAAAAGUUCCAGGUAGAAUCAAAACUGAGAAAACCCGAGUCAAAGCUGAAAAGGAAGCACCUUUGGAACAGAAGAUGUCACCAGUGCAGAAGAGACCUGUACAGCAAGAGCCAGGAAUGGCUGACAUGGCUAAGCAGAGAUUAGUCCUGUCUUCACCAGAGGACCUGACCAAGGACUUCGAGGAGUUGAAUCAUGAAGAGAAGGUGGAGCUGCAGGUGGCUCAGGAAAUGACUGAUAUUGAAGCAAGUGAUGCAGUCAUGAGAGGACCUGAAACUGAAGGAAAGAGGGUCCCUGUGAGGACUGCUCAGGGUCACCUUGGUGAAGCUCUAAUUUUGGAAGAGAACAUCGUGAUGAAGGUGACUCCUCUAGAUUCCCCAGAUGAGAGAAUCAUCACUAUUGAUAGGGAAGGAGAGUUGCCAUGUGAGGAAAAGCCAGUCCAUCAGCUGGAGGUGAGAGCAGGACAGGCUGAAACAUUUGAGGAUGAAGGAGCAGCCCUGGAGGAACCUCUUGAGAUGGGAGAGUUUGCAGAAAAAGCUGAAAGAAAGGAGGAAGCCAAGCUACUACCAGAGGUUCACAAAGAUGAGAGAGGGCAGGUACCAACACACACAGAAGCAGCAGCAAGAGAAGCUCAGACCCCAGAACUCAAAGAGAAGGAAGAAGAGCAGAAAAUAUCUUUGGACAGAAAGCAGAGGGAAGGAGAAAUGAAGACUUGUGAAAAGUACAUUGAGGGGAUAGAUACAGGUGAGGAAAGUGAGAAGGAAAAGAGAGAGAAUGUGAUAGAAAAGGCAGAACUGGAAGAAACAGAAGAACAAUACACAGAGGAAAAGGACAUGAAGACUAAAGAGUUCUAUCAGCUACACCAGGAUGAGGAGAAGGGCACAAAAUUCACUGCUAAAGAAAAGAAAAGAGAGUUCAGUGAGGAAAUCGGUGAGAAAAGUAAGUUACUUGAAAAGGAGGUAACUAAGGAGGAGUCCUAUCUGAGAAGUGCACUUGUGCCCCCAGGCGCCACAGCAGAACACAUUUCAUACAUCCAGGAUGAAACCAUCCCUGGCUACUCAGAGACCGAACAGACCAUUUCUGAUGAGGAAAUACAUGACGAACAGGAAGAGAGGAUCCCACACUUGAAGUAUGAUGUUAGUGCAUAUGAUAUUUCUGUGCCUGAUCACCCAGGCUCUUUUGAAGCAGUACAUGGUAUCCAAGCCACCUCCACUACUGAUAUUGCUGCCAAGGGCUACAUCAGCCAAGAAUCUGAAAUCCUUGUGUAUCCUACAAGCAUUGUAGCAGCCCCACUGGCUGAAGAGGAGCAUGUGUCCUCUGCCACGUCUGUUACAGAAUGUGACAAGCUUUCCUCUUUUGCCACUUCAGUAGCAGAAGAUCAGUCUGUUGCAUCCAUAACAGCUCCACAAACAGAAGAGACUGGCAAAAGCUCGUUACUUCUGGACACAGUAAACAGCAUACCCUCCUCUCGGACUGAAGCCACCCAAGGCCUAGACUAUGUGCCCUCUGCUGGCACAAUCUCUCCAACAUCCUCCUUAGAGGAGGACAAAUGCUUUAAAUCUCCACCUUCUGAAGACUUCCAGGCGUUAGCAGAAGGAGAGAGAAAAUUCAAAGCUCAUAAGAAGGGCCUGCAAGAAGAGGCGGAAGAGGAGGAAGAAGAGGAAGAAGAUGAGACUCCAAAUAUUGAGAUGCCUGAGAAACUCAGAGGGCAUUAUGGUGCCCAGCUGUUUACUCAACAAGGGCACCUGGCUGAUGUUUUAAUUGAAUCCCGCACAGAAGCGUCCAUGUUGCUAUUAUCCACAGAGGAAACACAGCUUUCCCAGGUAGACUCCAGUUCUGGAGAAGCUGAGGAACGAUGCAUAAGUCCUGAUGAUAGCACAGUCAAGAUGGCAUCUCCAACACAAUCUGGCCCCACUAGUGCUGGACACACACCUUUCCAUCAGUCCCCUGUGGAAGAAAAACUGGAAACUGUAGAAGCGGAGUUAUUUGAAAAUGCUUCUGUAAAGAAAGGCAAAGGACAAACUUCUGGUGUAGAAAAAGGAGCAGAGAGCGAAUUUGAACCACUUAAAAAAGCUGAGGCACCUGUGGCUAACGAUAUCCCUGAAAAAGAAUUGCCUUCUGUUAUACAGGAGAAGCCUGGCUUAGCUAGCAAAGUGCUACUGCCUAUGGAGUCCAUGUUUCCCAGAAAUGAAAAGCAGGAACUGCCCAUUGGAAAGGAACAGCUGCUACACAUUUCUUAUCACAAACAGGAAACCAUUGAAAUUAGUGAAAAGGAUGAUUCCAAACUGUACAUUCCCAGCACUGACAUUAUUUCAAAGCCAGAAAAGGAGGCGGAGCUUAAAGAAACUGAAGUGACGCAAGACGUUUCACUAGAAUUUGCAAAAUACACAGCUAAAGAGCCAGUUUCUACCAAAGAAAUAUCUCCCAAAAAUGCUGAGGUUCCACAACAAAGCCAACUUGAAAGUGAUAAAUCUUCACAAAUUUCCAUUAAAGAAAUAUCUCCAGAUGAUUCCAAAUCACUUUCUUUUGGAGAAGAAAGUCUUUGUAAAGAACAAUCUUCAGAUAUUUCCAUUAGAGAAGCUUCUCCAGAAGAAGAGAAACCACUAUAUUUCACAGGCCAGACCUUAGAAAAAGAAAAAUCUACUCACAUUUUCAUUAAAGACAUUUCUCCAGAAGACACCAAAUCAAUUUCUUUCACUGAAGAGAGUCCUGGUAAGGAAACAUCUCCAGACAUUAUCAUUAAAGGAACUUCUCCAGAAGACACCAAGUCUCUUACUUUUACAGAAAAGAGCCCUGAUAAAGAAACAUUUCUAGCCACAUCCACUAAUGAAUUCUCCCCAGAAGCGGUCAUACCCCUGCAUUUCAUGCAGCAGAGCCCAGCUACAAGUGAAAAAUCAAUGGAAACUCCUGCCAAAGAUAUUAAAGAAAAACCAAAAUUCCCUCUUUGCCCAGAACACAGCCCAACUAAAGAUAUGCUACCCACAGACAUUUCUUCUGCGGAAAUAUCUCCAGAAGAUACCAGAUUGUUUUCUUUAACCGAAAUGAGCCUGGCCAGGGAAAAAGCUUUAGAAAUGUGCUUUCAAGAAACUUUUCCAGAUGUGAAGUUCUUACACUUCACAGAAUCCAGACGAAUUCAGGAUAAAGAGUCCUCAGACUUUUGCUCUGAAGAUGUCAAAUCUUGUGAUUUCAUGGAAGAGACACAAACUAAAGAAGAAAAAUCUCCAGAAAUGGAAGAUAUUUAUAUGAAAAAUCUAAAUUAUGAGAAGAAAGUGUGGUUUCCAGAGGAGAUGGAAGAGAGAAGAAGUAAGGAAAGCCAACAGAAGUAUGAUAAGGAAAGAGAGAGCACUUUUUUGGAUGAGGUUCAGGAAUAUGAAAAAAAAUCUUCUCUUACCGUAACAGAAGAGGAAAAGAUUAUACAUUCUAUGGCAUAUGAAGGUUAUGCCUCGGAAACAGUAGAGAAGAAAACUUCAGACUCUGAAUAUGGAUAUUUCCAGGAAGAAAAUGCCCCCAGGCAGGCAGGCUAUCUGCCUAAGAAGGAAGAUUAUCUUUGUCAUGGUGAAGACAAGCCUGUACCUCAAGAAACAGAAGCUGGACAUUUCAAAGUAGAUUCCGCAGAAGCACAAGAAUUUGCACUGCGGGAGGACAAAGGACUUUCACUGGAAGCAAAUAAAAUGGAAAUAGCCCCUACUGAGAUCACCUCUUCUGAAAAAUCAGAAGUCGUUAGAGCAACCCCAUCUUCUCAGCAUGUCUGUAUAGAAGAAAAACAGGUCAAACCAUCAAGUGCAGCAAAAGGAAGGGAAGAAUCGUUGUUCCCAUCUAAACAAGAUUACUCCUACUUGGAUCAUGAGGAGAAAGCAGUCCUGGAUCUAUAUGCUAAAUCAUUAGACCGAGCACUGACAGUAUCUCCUCUGCCUGCAUCAUCUAGUGCUCUAGAAAAGGAGGUGGACACAAGUACACGAGAACUAGAAAAACAUUUCAUGACAGACCAAAGCAAACCAGUUUUGCAGGCUGAAGUUCUGCAGGGGGCCACAGUGGAGCUAUCAGAUGCUGAUGCUUUGAACCAAGAAACAUCAGACUCUAAAUACAUGCUAGACAUAGAGCAGAAUGCUGAAAGCAAAUCCACGGAGGCUCACGAUGAUCCUAGAGGAAGCAAAGAGCAGAGUGCAUCAGCAUUUGCUCUUCUGUACUCUACAAGCCCAGCAGAAUAUGAAUAUGUAGCAGCUUCCCAAAAAGACAGUGAUGCAGCGUCAGAGGACAGCAUGCACUCUUUUUCAGGACCAUAUCAUCCCAAAAGCAGCAGUGACAUCAUAGGCCAUUCUGAGGACAUGGGUUCUUUCAGCCAAGUGGAAUAUCAUUCAGAGUCUUGCACUCGGACCUCUUCCAGUCCUUCUGAGACAGAGGUCUGUGCAUCCACAGGAGAUGACCAUGCUAACCAGCUAGAGCAGGAAGAAAGGGAACCAACUCCCUACCCUGAUGAGAGGACUUUCCAGUAUGCUGACAUCUAUGAACAGGUAGUUGUGUCUGGAGUUGGGCUUCCAAGCCUUAUCCUGAAGGAUGUGGACAACCUAGGUCACCCUGAUAAGGAAAAGCUGGAGUCUACAUUUGUGGCCUCUAGGACAGAGAAAGUAUCUGUGUCUCAGAAACAGCUACUUUAUCACAUCUCUGCAAAAGAAGAAGAGUCCUGUCUCUACACCUCUGCUGAAAAGGAGCUGUCAUCCCCAACUUCCCCCAAAGAUAAAGUGGAUUCUUCCUUUGCGUACACAGACAUCCAUGAAAGAUAUUCACCCCUGGCAGAGUCAGAUAACCAUGGGAUGCCCAGUGACUUGAGAUUCAAGGAAAUGCAGGAAGGACAGAAUGGGCUGAGCUCAUCAACUGCCACACCAAAAGAACCAUACUUGACCCUGCCUCCUUCCUCUCCUGGAAGCAGUGGGUGCACUCCUCCUACACACACCAUAGAUGCAUUUUAUCAAGAAAAAAGAGCUCCUUACAUUGAAGCUGCUCAUCCAGAUGAAAACAUAAUUUCUAUCAGCCAGGAGCAGAGGUCUCUGUCACCAAUAGAGCCUCAGCCCAAAGACUUAUACUACGAGAAAGCAGGACGAGCAGAAGAGAGCACCAGUGACUCAGAGUUAGAAAAAGGUGCAAAGGAGAAAUCUGAAAAGGAGUCCAAAUUGCCCAGCCCUCCCCAAGCACCAGAAAAAGUCAGUGAGGAGGAAGUGUAUGCAGACAUUUCAGUAAUGGAGAUGGCCCAGGUAUCAGAGCUGCUUCACCAGGACAAGCACCAAGAGUCUCAUUUGUCAACAUCAAUUGCCUCCUCCCCUUGUGAUCCAAUGCAGAAAGAGGAACUUGGAGUUGAGAAAACUGAAACAGCAACAGUUAUAGAGGCAGGUACUGCUGGCUACAGUACCCUGACAGAUACAUGCAGAGAUGUUUGGGCAUCAGAAAUGUCCUAUUCAAGCCAAAUUUCUUUGCAACAGGGAAAAGAUGCUGAAAAGUCCCCAAAGGAAGCACCCUUUCUAGUAACAGAUUAUCACCGUGCAGAGAUUGCUUCGGAGGGCUAUGACAAAGACAAAGAUAUUUGCUUAAAGUCUACUGCUAAGUUUGUGAAAGAGGAACAUCAAAAGGGUCUGGCACUGCAAAGUAAAGAAAUAGAUUUCUCUUCAUCUGGGUUUGAAUUUUCCUCUCUAGAAAAACAUGAGCCAUCCAUUGUGUUUAGACAUGAGAUAUCCUCAUCAGGCCACUUAGGGGACAAAUCUCUUACUUUAAAAUUUCCUGAUGCUUUGCCCUCAGACCAGGGGAAGAAAGAUGAGUACCUGGAGGUUUCUAAAAAAGAUACCAGUGUAGAUUCAUCUUCCCUUAGCUUUUCACCACUGAGCCCAUAUAAAGAAGACAAGUUGUUCUCUGGGGCUGUGGAAAGAGAAGUUGCAUCCCAACAGCGGGCAAAAGAUGACUGUCCCAGACUCUCUGAGGAUGCCUCACCUGAAGCCACUACCCCUGUGAGACACACGACAGCAGAAAGCUUCUACUCCCACAUGCUUUCUACAUACGCAGGAGCAGAGCCAGACACCAGGAGCCUGUGGGAUGUGUCUCCAUUGAUUCCAGCUGAUUCUGUCAAAACAUAUCCAGCUGAAACUGAAGGGUUUGUGUCUGCUGAGAACCGUGGUUCUGCAUUCACAUGUGCUGUGGAUAACACGCUGCCAUGCAGAACUGAGUGCCGAAGUACACUGAUGUCACCACUGUCCACAGAAAAACAAAAGCAAAGUUGUGCAGCCAGCCCAGAACACCACUCAUCUGUCACUGAAAUGCUUAUGGCAGUAACCUCACUUCCUGAUGUAUUGACAUCAUUUCCUCCUCAUCAGCAAGAAGCAGCAGCCACAGCCAAUGGCCCAACAGAAGUGAGCACAAGUCCGCAAGCUUUCCAAAGUGUGCAGAGUGCAGCAGAGGUGAAAGAUGAGAAAGCAUUUCCUGAUUCUGAGUGGACUGUGUCACCAUCCUUGGGGGAAGAGGAUAUGGCUAGGCAGAGCCGGCCUUCUUCACUGAUGUCCCCUGAGCAUACCUUCCAACCCUUUUUUCCAGAGGCACAAAGGGGAGGAAGAACUGAGGACCACGGAGAUGCUUCCCAUGAGGGAGAGCCGUGUUUAGCAGCCAGCUCUGACAAUAGGCAGAAGUUCUCUUCCUGUGAAUAUAAACAGAGGAAGGGUGAGCUGUCUCCAUCAUUCAUCAACCCAAGUCCUCAUGACCUCUCUGAAGACAGUGACCUCUCACAGGAUGAAGGUCAUCCUUCAGUGAAGGGGAGGCCACACCACACUACUGGUCCACACCACACUACUGGUAGCCAUGUACAAGCCACGAUGGUAGAGGAAACCCCUCCCACAUCAGUGAGUGACUCUGGAACCUCCCAGUCCGACUCUGAUGUCCCUCCAGAGACAGAGGAAUGUCCAUCCAUCACAGCCGAUGCUGUCAUGGACUCAGAUGAAGAUGCAGAUUUCCUCCCAGUAGACAAAGCUGUGGGUACUUCGCAUCAUGGCAGCACAAGGUCUAGCCAUGAUCCGCAACCUGUUCCAAUGAUAGAUCCCCAUCCUCAUCCCCCUCAUCCAGAUGUCUGCAUGGUAGACCCUGAAAUGCUAGUAAAUGAGGAAAAUGUGAGCAGAACUGACAAAAUAUCCAAAAAGGAUCUGAAAGAAAAGAGCAAAGGAGUGAGGAAGCCUUUGAGUAAACCCAAAUCAACAUCGCCUGCCCGGAAACUAGAUGUCAAAGGGAAGCGGUCUCCCACGCCUGUGAAACAGCCAUUAGACAGGUCUCCAAAAUCUACCACUGCAAAAAAAGAGCGAGAUGGAGGAGAGAAGCAGUCAAAACCACGUACCCAAUUAGUGCAGCCCUCUCACAUAGAAGAGAAGGAUGAGUUAUCCCGGAGCAGUCACAGCAACCCAGGCAAGACUCUUGUUAAUGGCAUCAAAACAAACCCUGUUUCCAGUAGCCCCAAAAGCAGUCUCUCUGUGCUCCCGGGACCCCCUGUCUAUGUGGACCUGGCCUACAUCCCCAACCACUGCAGUGGGAAGAACACAGACCUGGAGUUCUUCAAGCGGGUCCGAGCUUCAUACUAUGUUGUGAGUGGCAAUGAUCCAGUCAAUGGGGAGCCCAGCCGUGCGGUACUGGAUGCACUUCUGGAAGGAAAGUCCCAGUGGGGUGAGAACUUGCAGGUGACACUGAUUCCAACACAUGACACUGAGGUGACACGAGAAUGGUACCAACAAACCCAUGAGAAACAGCAGGAGCUGAACAUCAUGGUGCUAGCAAGCAGCAGCACUGUAGUGAUGCAGGAUGAAUCCUUCCCAGCCUGCAAAAUUGAGUUCUGAAUCUCCCAGCCACCUGGCUCUCAUCCCUCGAUGCUGUCCACCACCAUGCAGCACUCAGACAGAGAUACCAUCUCAUCACAGUCCAGUUCUUCUCUUCUGGUUUAGUCUAUAUGUGGUUCCCAUUUGCCAGGAGAUCCAGGACUCAUCCAGCUCAACACUGGAUGCUUUGAAAGAGGAGCCAGGGGGUCUCUACGAUUCUAUGCUGAACUGAGAGGUCAUGCAAGGAGCAGUACCAGGCCAGGGCCAGCUUCUCUUUCCCUGGUUUAUUUUGCUGCCUGUAUAGUCGCUGUAGAAUAAUUUGGCUGCCUUGAUGCUGCGAGCACUUGCUCUCCUACCCUUGCCCUGGUUGCACUGCCACUUGGCUUGUAGCCCCAUGAAAUGUUUCCUUUGGCCUGUAGCUCUGCUGCUGCAUGAAGAUAGUUGUGAUGGUCACAGUGUGGGAGAGAGACUGAAAUAGAGGAAAAGGAGAGUGAGAGAGGAGCGAAGGGAUUCUGGUGUCAGUAUUCUGAAAUAACCUGACAAAAAGAGAAGGCCAUUCCUCCAGCUCUCAGAACAUGAGGCAUGCUAGGAAAAGAGAACUGGACUCCAACUACAUAUUGCUGCGUUUGUCUAAUUCCAGAGGCUUCUGCCCUGAGUUGUUGGACACCCAUUGCUAGGUUACCCAUUCAUCUUUUUUGCCAUGGUUGAGGAGCUGUGAUGAAGAAUAAUUUGGCUUGGUGGAGCAUUGGCUUGUCAUUCUUAGCUACAAAGAGCACAUUCCUAAUCUGCUAACCUCAGCUUUGCACUUGUAAAGUGAUUAACAUUGUACUUCUGAGCAUCAGCAGUGUGACUGCAGGAGUCAUCGAGGGACUGUCACAUGAACAGUCCCAGUCAGAAGGGUAUCCAAACGCACAACCCCCAACUCACCUAAACAGAAGGGCUCAAGACAACGCUGGCCGCUGCUGGUCCAGGAUUUGCCUAAGAACUGUUGUGUCCUAUGAACCAAAGGCUUUCUUGAGGGGGAAGAGGAGGGAUAUGGAACUGAGGCAGCAGGGAUGCAGGCAAGGAAGCACACUGUAGACAGUUCUGACAGCAGUGGAGAGGCAAUUCAUUGCAUUGGGCUGAUCACUGUGCAGUUUAUCAGUGUCCUGACAGGACGGUAAUCUCCCUGCCUACAUGUGGGAGCCCUGACUCCUCAGUGGUACAGUCAGGCAGCUUGCUGCUCACAAGUGAGGGUGUCAAGAAGCUGGGGAAAGGAGGAGACUGCUUUGGGGGAGGGGGGGCUAGAGACCCCCUCCAGAAACCCUUUUGAAAUAUUAUCUUAAUGGUUUCUCCGUGUUACUUCCCUGCUGCUGUGAAAGGAACAUGAGUGCGCCCUUUCGAGCACAGAAUGGGCCAGCACGGCGAGCAAUUAUCUGGGUCUUGCUCUCUCAUAGCCAUCGUAACAGAUUCUUGCGAUUAUGGCCUGGGCGCUCCAUUGCUGCUGAGUAAUAAAUUACAGCAUUAUAUAAGCUAUGGGGGAAAAGCCCUUUCAGGCUCCAGGCUCAGCUCAUGCGAUCAUGAAGGGCCGUAAACGUGAGGCGGUGGAAGUGGCUGCUCAAGCACUAGUGCUCAGCUGCUCUGUCACUGAUCAGUCUUUGCAGAGCCAAGGCAGGCUGCUCAUGGCACCAGGGAGGAUUUUUUUUAGCAAGACAGAGACACAAGGCAGUUGGGGGGGGAGGGGAGGGGCUAUAAAAUAAAAAGGCUGUGAUGAAAGUCUUGGCCCACAGCCCAAAACAUGUGUUGUGUCAGUGCCAGUACUUGGCAUUGGGCCCAGCUCUGGGGGGGGGGAGGGGCUCGAGGGGCCCAGGUCCUUAUGCUGUGCUUGGCAGGGACAUGCUAAUCUGUGCCACUAGCUAACUAGCAGUUCCCGGGCAGCUGGUGUAGAGAAAAUGCUGCCUGAAAAACCUGCUGCUAGAGGACUAAAAUGGGAUUUCUAUGGAAAUGAUUUAUUUUGCCAUCUAAUUUAUAUAUUUAUUUUUGGUGUUAAGCUGCAUUUUGUAUGGAGUUAAUAUUUUAAUUUAUACAUGUUAACAUGGCGCCAUGUGCUUUUGUGGGCUCUCAUUGUGAAUACUCAGAUGCUGCAAUUUAUAGAACAGAAAGACCAUAGAGAAAUGAACAAAUAUCACUGGCAGCCGCAGGGGUCUCCACCCAGGCUACAAAGCAGGGGCGCUGGAUCUAAAGCCCAGCACCUGCAGGGAAAGGAGCUGAGGCCGAAUGGCACAGCUGGCCCUUUAGCUACAGCCCUGGUUUUGAGUGUUAGAUUCUUCCUUGGGGACUUAUUAAAUUCCUGCAUUGUAUUUUCUUGGUUUUUUUUAAACUAGUUGGUCCAAAGUGUGUCUGCCAGGAGAAUAAAUGUUAUUCUCUGUAAACUGAUUGAGUCAGUAUGUAUGAAUGUCAGCUAUGACAGCCAAUCACAGGCAGGCAGUGCUACAGAUCCAACCUGUUUUUCCAUUGGCCUCUUUUCUGUCUUUGCGCUUUUCACUUUAGGUCAUUCAAGAAGUCAGUUCACCCAGUUUACCUGUGCUUGGCUGUCAGCCACUCCUGGUGCCUGGAGGCCUAGCACACUCAGCGCUGGGUUUUAAGAGGGAACAAAUCGUGCAUGCUCAGCUACUGAAGCCAUUUCCUCAGCAGAGUGUCUAGGCAGAACAAGUUAAUGCACUAACUUUAGAUAGACCCGCAUAUGAAUGUGUCUCAUUCUUAAACUUGAAGCAAUUCUGACUAAUAAGAGAGACAGUGGGGCUUUAGGGGCACCUGCAUUCACCAGGAAGGAAGAGCAACUGGGAGAGUAUGUUCCAGUUGAACAUAUCUGCCCACCCCAGGACACGCUCCUGGUCGCUGCAGCCGUGCCCUCCAGCAGCUUUGCCCCAGUGCUCACUCUCUUCCCUGCCCAGAGCCUCUUUCACACCUUUUUGAAGAGUUUUGUAGCAGUGUGUGCUGUCUCCAGCUUCUCUCGCCUUCCUCAAAAUUUAUGGGAAAAUACCUUUUUAAAAAACCCACCACCUUUAUAACAGGGCCAAGGUCCGCCUUCCCCAGCAAAUGGCUGCAGGCCUGAGGCUGUUAGCUUACGGGACACUGGCCAACCCAGAGGUACCAUGACACUACAGUAGAGAAACAUUUAAACUCCGCUUUUGCUUGUUUCUGCAUGUGGACGACAAUGUGUAAUAUUCCCGUAUGUAAUAGGUACAAAAUAUUAUUUUAAAAUUAUAAUAAAAAAAGUGAACGUUUUAACUGUAUUGAGCUGGCAAGUUGUGCUCCUAGCUUCUCUCUGUGCUGAAUGUUGUAAAAACAGAGCACCCAGGUUCUUUUCUUCUGCCUCAUGUUACUAUUUGACCUUAGUUCCUUGAUUUUAGUUCCUUUUCCCCACGUUCAUGUGCAACACUCUGUAACUAACUGCUGUAAAGGGAGGAGCUUGACACAAUAAUAAAGCCACAUUAGUCGCAAAAAA